AUGUCUGAAAGAAUCUAUGAGGAUUUGACAUAUCAUAAUUUCAAAACUGAAAGAAGUGCUGAUGUCAAAAAAGUUAAAAAAUAUACACGAUAUAUCAAAGAGAUUGAAAAGAAAGCUAAAAAGGAGUGGAAAAAAUACCCAACCUUAUACAGGAAUAAUCCCUGGAUUCCAAAAUUAGAGGAUUUGGAAUUUCAACUGAAAUACAGAGAAUUUAUGAAUGGCAAGGAGAAGAUAGCCCCUUCCUACGAUUGCAAAUUAGCGUCUCUGUACGAAGACAUUAAGACACAUUAUUACAUGUACCAAAAUGAAUUAAAAGCAAUGCCAAAAGAUAUUGAAGGGUGCAAAGAUGUCAUUGAAAAAUAUGUAGACGCAAGAGAAGUAUUACCUUUUAUGAGAGAUGUCGUGCACAGAGAUGAUAUCACAGAUAUUGUUAAUAGGAGCAAUAUAUCCACCAGCAAUGGAACAAAAGAACUUCUAAAUUGCUUGCAAAGGUACCCACAUAGACAUCUCAAUGUACCUUCAGUAUGGGCGACCUUUGAAAUGGCCCUCAAACAAGCAG